AUGUCAUAUCAAUUUCACUCUACCAAAAGUCAUCAAACAGAAAGUAGUAUUGAAGCAGACUUUCAUUAUGAAACUACACAUGUAGAAGUAAGUAAAGAAGGAGUUAUUUGUACACCAAUUGCUAAAGAUUAUAAAUUUAAAGUAGAUAAAAAGAUUCCAAAAAUGGGUCUUAUGAUGAUUGGAUGGGGAGGAAAUAAUGGAACCACUGUUACUGCAGGAAUUCUUGCUAAUAAACAUCAUAUUUGUUGGACUGAUAGAAGAGGAGUUCAUGAACCAAAUUAUUAUGGAUCAUAUACUCAAUCAGCUACAAUGAGACUUGGGGCUACAUCUGAAGGAGAAGAAAUUUAUGCACCAUAUAAAGAAAUUUUACCAUUUGUUUGUCCAGAUAAUAUUGUUGUAGGAGGAUGGGAUAUUUCAAAAGUAAAUAUGGCAGAUGCACUUAAGAGAGCACAAGUUGUAGAUUAUGAUCUUCAAAGACAAUUAUAUCCAUAUAUGAAGGAAUUAGUUCCAUUACCAUCAAUUUAUUACAAAUCAUAUAUUGCAGCAAAUCAAGAUGAUAGAGCUGAUAAUGUUAUUCCAGGAACUAAACAAAAUCAUCUUGAUACGGUAAGAAAAAAUAUUAGAGAUUUUAAAGCACAACAUGGACUUGAUAAAAUAGUUGUUUUAUGGACUGCUACAACAGAAAGAUAUGUAGAAAUAAAAGAAGGACUUAAUGAUACUGCAGAAAAUUUAUUAAAAUCUAUUGCAUCAGGAGAAGAAGAAGUAUCACCAUCAACUAUUUUUGCAACAGCAGCUAUUCUUGAAGGAUGUCCAUUUGUAAAUGGAUCACCACAAAAUACACUUGUUCCAGGUGUAAUUGAUUUAGCAAAUAAACAUGGAGGUGCAGUUAUGGGAGAUGAUUUUAAAACAGGACAAACAAAAAUUAAAUCUGUUCUUGCAGAUUUCCUUGUUUCAUCAGGACUUAAAUUACAAUCAAUUGUAUCAUAUAAUCAUCUUGGAAAUAAUGAUGGAAAGAAUUUAAGUUCACCAUCACAAUUUAGAUCUAAAGAAAUAUCAAAAUCAAAUGUUGUUUCUGAUGUUGUUAAAUCAAAUAAUAUUAUGUAUAAAGAAGGUGAACAUCCAGACCACGUAAUUGUUAUUAAAUAUGUUCCAUAUGUAGGAGAUUCUAAAAGAGCUAUGGAUGAAUAUACUUCUGAAAUUUUCUUAGGAGGACAUAAUACAAUUGCUCUUCAUAAUACUUGUGAAGAUUCUCUUCUUGCUGCUCCUUUAAUGAUUGAUCUUGCUGUUUUAAUGGAAUUUAUGACUAGAGUUACUUAUUCUAUUGAUGGUAAAGAAUUUAAAAACUUUAAUUCUGUAAUGUCUAUGAUCUCUUAUCUUCUUAAAGCACCUGUUGUACCAAAAGGUUCUCCAGUUAUUAACGCUCUCUUUAAACAAAGAGAAUGUCUCGAUAAUUUCUUUAGAGCUCUUCUUGGACUUCCAUGUGAUAAUCAUCUUCUUCUUGAAGGAAAGACUGAACACUUCUUCUAA